CAACUGAACACCUUCUUUCCCCUCCAAACAAAUUAAUGGCUCCUUGAGAUGACCUAGUAUCAGGUCUUCUCUGUGGUGAGCCCCGAGAUCUGUUCUGUGGCUUUAUUUUUCACCAUGCUCCUGCGCCCAGCCACUUCUCAUCCGAUUAGAACUGGCCAGGGGUACCAACCAUUUCUAGCAUGACACGCCGACUAGUUCGAGCGGGCGUGCAGCUCGCCAUUUUUGCAUCUUUUGUCGCUCUCCUCGUUGUGACCUUGGACAACAGAUUUCGCGUCCUUCCUGCCUCCAUCCAUGGCCACCUCCCAUCCCACUACGAUGGCUACGCCAUCACAGAUGUCACCGUUGUGACUUGCUCCUCUAUGAAUGUCUUUUCCAACUGCCAGCCGAGCCAGGAGUCGUGGUCGCAAGUCGAUAAAGACCUCUACCUUCGCACCGGUUGGACCUCAAGCGCAUUCGUUCGAUUCCAGCGAAAGAAAGAGGAAGAACUCCUCCCUACCGACAAGGUCGUCAUUGACCUCAAAAUAAGCCGACUCGUUCCCGAAUAUAUCGAAGAUCCCGAGGCCGAAGGCGAGACAUGGGAGCAGAGACCGGGUGGCAUCUGGCUGAGGCGAACCGCCAAGCGCCAUGCGAGCGACUCCCAGAAGGCAAUCACGGCUAUCGAUGUCCUCUUCGGCGCCGAUGCAGUUGACCCGCGGAUUGGCUGGGAGGUUAAAGAUACCCCGCUGCUACUGGAUAGCCGGACGGAGGGACUGGAAACCCGGAUCAGCGUUCGACGCGGAAACCCUCCUAGAACCAAGAAGCCAGUGCCCAGAAUAAAUGAAAACGGGCGCUUCAAGAUCAUGCAGCUGGCAGACUUGCACCUGAGCACGGGCUUAGGUGCCUGUCGAGACCCUGUUCCGGCCGAGCCUGUUCCUGGGCAGAGAUGCGAAGCCGAUCCUCGAACGUUAGAAUUCGUGGAGAGACUCUUAGACGAAGAGCAACCUGAUUUCGUGGUACUGAGUGGUGAUCAGGUGAAUGGGGAGACCUCGAGGGACGCCCAGAGUGCUCUUUUCAAGUCCGUUAAACUGCUUGUUGAUCGCAAGAUUCCCUAUGCGGCCAUUUUUGGCAAUCAUGACGAUGAGGGGGAUCUAAAGCGGCCGGAGCUCAUGACCAUCCUAGAGGAUCUACCAUACUCCUUAUCUACUGCAGGGCCAGAGGAGGUUGAUGGAGUUGGGAACUAUUAUGUGGAGGUCCUUGGCCGCGGAAGCACAGCUCACUCCGCAUUGACUCUCUACCUUCUCGACUCACACUCCUACUCUCCCGAUGAACGGCAGUUCCGCGGGUAUGACUGGAUCAAGCCGAGUCAGAUUCGGUGGUUCAAGAACACCGCCCAGGGGUUGAAGGCCAAACACCACGAGUACACGCACAUGCACAUGAACAUGGCAUUUAUCCAUAUUCCGGUGCCCGAGUAUCGCGAUACUGGUAAUUACUACCGAGGGAACUGGUCCGAGGUUCCAACAGCGCCGGGUUUCAACUCGGGCUUUAAGGAUGCUCUUGAAGAAGAGGGCAUCCUCUUCGUUAGCUGUGGACAUGAUCAUGUCAAUGACUAUUGCAUGCUCAAUAGGGACAACGAGGAGAAACCCUCCCUGUGGAUGUGUUAUGGAGGAGGCGCUGGCUUUGGAGGCUACGGAGGGUACGGGGGCUAUGUGCGCCGCGUGCGGUUCUACGACUUUGACAUGAACCCUGGCCGUGUGGUGACAUACAAGCGGCUCGAGUAUGGCGAGACGGAAGCAAAGAUCGAUGAGAUGAUGAUCAUCGACGGGGGAACUGUGAAGGGGCCCGAGCAAGAAAAUUAAGCUUAAGUUGCCUCGUUGAGGCGGAUUGCCCUUCCAUCUCCUUCGAGCUGGGUUUCUCGAGGCGCUUGUGAUGCAGGCUAUUUGCAUGAUCGUACCCCAGGUUUCGCGUCUGUAACCAGAUGGGCGUUUCUAUACGAUUCCGAACCGGCGGACACUUUGAUUCUUUGUAUUAUAGUAUUCGAUUCGACAUUUGCAGGGUUUUCGGCUGUGAUUGCGGAUUUUUCUUCCAAAAAUUGAUUUAUAUUCUCAUUCUAUC